AUGCUCACCAGACGCGCUCAUCUCAGGAUUCAGGACAGAGGUUUAUUUGGCUCCGCCACCCUGCGAGUGCCAGGUUCCAGAGCAUCCAGUGAUGCGUGCCUGGCUCAUGACGCGAUAUACGGCCUGUCUGCCAGCCUGCCAGUCGGGGACACCGACCUUCGAGCGGAACACUCAGAUCCUUGUCUCUCACACCGCUCACACACCGGCGAGCGCAAUAGUCACACCCUUACACAGUUCCCCGCCAACAUGACCGGCGGGGGAGCCUUCGUCACAGCUCCCCGCGAGGAGUACGACCUCGGCGCCAGCGCCUCAGACCACAGCGUCCAAUGGGUCGGCACGCCUGGCGUCAAAGGGCCCCCGUGGGCCCGCCUUCCCCUGCUCACCGUCGGCAUGCUCGGCACUCAGGUCGUGUGCGUCGCCCUAUCUUCUGGAGCUGGGGUUGAGCAAGUCAUGGAUGUCGCUCGUGUUCGUCGCCGGGCCGCUGUCGGGACUCAUCGUCCAGCCCCUGAUCGGCGCAUACGCCGACCGCUGCCGCUCACGGUUCGGCAGAAGACGCCCUUUUAUGCUAGCUGGCACCGGUAUCGCAUGCUUCGGCAUGAUGCUGCUGGCGUGGUCGCGCGAGCUGGCUGGCCUCCUCGGUCUAGCAUCAAUGCCGUCAUGGCGACGGACCGCGCGCUCAUCGUCGACACGCUUACGAGCUCACAGCAGGAAGAGGGCAACGCGUGGGCUGGGCGCAUGAUCGGCAUCGGCGGCGUGGCCGGCUUCUUCGUCCGGCACCAGUCCCGUUCUGGGCUGUGGUCAUCUCUCCGCGCAAUCUGGGAAAAUAUGUUCACACUCCCGCCCUCGAUCCGGACGAUCUGCUUUAUCCAGUUCUUCGCGAAUCUCGGCUGGUAUCCCGUCAUGUUCUACACCUCGCUCUGGGUCAGCAACAUCUACAAGGAGAACAACCCGCAGGGCACAUUGGACAAGGCGACAUGGGACGCCGACGCCGUGCGAUCAGGCAACCGCGCGCUGUUUCUGCAGGCUAUCAUCUGCCUGUUCGUAUCCGUCAUCGCGCCCUUCCUCGUCGCCGACAGCGGCAUCCAGUCCUCCGCCAAGGCGAGCUACACCUCUCUGCCGACUGAGGCUGGUGGUGCCGCGCCAACGCACCGCCGACACGGCAGUGUCAGCGACCGCGUCAAGAGCUUUCUCGGCUCGGCAGUGGACUGGGUGCGCUCGGGCGGCAUCUCCCUGCCCAUCCGCGGCCUGACACUGAUUAAGCUCUGGCUCGGUGCGCAGAUCGUCUUCGUGAGCUGCAUGCUCUGCACGUGGUGGACGACAACAGUGGGUGGGGCGUACUUCCUCAUCGGCGUGACGGGAUUCGGAUGGGCGCUGGCGCAGUGGGCGCCGUUCGCGCUCCUGGGCGAGCUGGUCCUGCUCGACGUGCCGAGUGCGACGCCGGCCGAGCUGGACGCCAUCACGCGUAGCGUGGGCACGAGCGAGGUUCUCUUCGCGGCGGUCGAGGAGAGUGCGGGCAUGAGCAGUGGACAUGCGCGCUCGCGGUCUGCGUCGAGGACGCACGUCCGCGCACCUUCGCACGAGGUCGUGAAGGCCGGAAGCGGCUUCGCAGCCCACCUGAACGACAGUGACGACGAGGACGAGGAGCAUGACACGACCGUCGUGCUGCGACACAGCGAGGACGACAGUGACGACGAGGAGCCCGUCCCUCGAACCCCGAGUAGGGCAGGCACAAGGCAGCCAAGCACGGCAGACAAGGCGGGGCUGAUUCUCGGCAUCCACAACGUCUUCAUCGUCAUGCCCCAGUUUGUCAUCACUGCCGUGUCCAGCUUGGUAUUCUACAUCAUGGAGCCCGGACCGGACGCACCCGUCAAGCCAGAUGCGCCCGAGGGCGCGCCAGCGCCGAAGAAUCCGGACGCCGUAGGACUCGUGUUCCGUAUCGGUGGCACUGCCGCUGCCGUUGGCGCGGUGCUCAGUUAUCGCCUCGCGAAGCGAUGGGCGCGCGGGGAGCAGUAA